UCAAACAUUUUUUUCAACACAUAACAAUGUCUUCUUUUCCCACUUCUUUAUCAUCACCAACCGUCCCUCAACAUAGCGCCACACCCUUCUCAACCCUUCAUCCUGACAUCAUCCAGACCAAUAUCUUCACCCGCCUCGACGGCCCAACUCUCGCCGCCGCCGCCUGCGCUUCCUCCGAGUUAUAUUUUCUUUCCACGGAAGAGAAACUAUGGCGAAAUAUUUGCAACUCAACUUGGCCCUCCAUCAAUGACCCACGUAUUAGCCACGUCAUCUCAACCUUCUCCGCUGGUUACCGUUCAUUCUUUUCUGAUUCAUUUCCGGUUCUUGAUCAUCAACAAUCUUUGAAGCACAAUCUUGAUUUUUCUUCAAUUAUAACGACCGAGUUAAUCUCUUGUGUUGAUAUUUACUAUAAAAACUCCCUCAUCAUAUCUAAAACUCAAGAAAUUGAGACAGUAACAGGGUGGUUCUUGUGUUCGCCAUUUCGGGUCGAUUUAUUUGACCUGAAAGAAUCGGUUUUGACGCCGAUAGAACACGGUGGCCUAGGUGACACGUGGCUGAAUGAUAUUGAGGAGAACUUGACGUUGAGUUGGAUAUUGAUUAACCCAGUACAAAAACAGUCGGUGAAUUUAUCGAGCGGGAGAGCGGUUUCAGUGGAGCGGCACUGGCUAACGGGCGAAAUACAAGCGAGAUUCGCGACAAUCUUGGCGGGAGAUGAACGAUCAGAGACGGAGUUUGUGAAAUGCGAGGUGGUGGUCACGUGCGGGGGAAAAGAGGGAGGGGAUGUGCACGUGAGGGAAGUGAGUUUGCAAGUGGAGGACAUGGAGGGGAGGAAUUUGAGCGGGAGGGAUAGUUUGGUAAUUUUGGAGAAGGCAAUGGAGAAUGGGAGGAGAAAAAGAGGGAAUGGAAAGGAAGGGAAAAAGAAAUACGAAGAAUUUGUGGAGAGAAAAAGAGAGAGAAGAGAAAGGAAGCAAAGGAGAGAAAGGUCAUUAGAUAUGGCUUGUAUUGCCACGGGAGUUAGUAUAUUUCUGGCUAUUUGGUCCUUCGUUUUGUUUAGUUGUACUGAGACACGAUAAGCAAGCAAAUGUAGUUUUGAAUAUUUGAAAUUAAAUUGAAGAGGAAUACAAGCCACAAACACACUGGCACUG